AUGGCUGGAACAGGCGGCCCAGUGGCCACUUUCUCUGUCUGGGAUUAUGUGGUGUUUGCCGGAACAAUUCUGUUUGCUGCUGGAAUUGGCCUUUUCCAAGCCAUCCGGGGUCGCAAGGAGACCAGCAGUGCCGAGUUUUUGUUAGGGGGACGACAAAUGACAGCCGUACCAGUGGCCAUGUCGCUAACAGCCAGCUUCAUGUCUGGCAUCACAGUCAUUGGCACACCUGCUGAGGCUUACCGGUUUGGUACUGCCUUCUGGCUCUUUGGUUUCGCGUACGCCAUCAUGUCUGCCAUCACCGCUGAAAUCUUCGUUCCUCUUUUCUACCGACUGGGGAUCACCAGUGCCUAUGAGUACCUGGAGCUGCGAUUCAACCGGCUUAUACGGCUAAUUGGAACAUCAAUGUACAUCGUGCAGACGGCUCUGUACACCGGCUUAGUUAUCUAUGCUCCAGCUCUUGCACUAAACCAAAUCACUGGGCUGGAUCUGUGGGGAGUGCUGGUGGCUACAGGAGCAGUGUGCAUUGUUUACUGUACUUUGGGUGGUCUGAAGGCGGUCAUCUGGACAGAUGUGCUGCAGAUGGUAAUCAUGCUGGCAGGAUUUGUGGCUGUUAUUGCCAGAGGAGCUGUGAUACAGGGAGGUCUGACGAGGAUUUGGGAAGACGCUGGUGAAGGAGGCCGACUGGAUGCUUUUGACUUUGACCCAGAUCCUCUGAAGCGACAUACUUUCUGGACCAUUGUAGUUGGUGGAAGCAUAAUGUGGGUGUCUAUUUACUCAAUCAAUCAGUCUCAGGUGCAGCGCUACAUCUCCUGCAAAACCUUAGGACAUGCCAAGAUGUCUUUGUAUGUGAACAUGGUUGGUUUGUGGGUCACCGUGAGUCUGGCUGUUUUUUCAGGCCUCACCAUGUACUCUAUUUACAAGAACUGUGACCCACUUUCAAAUGGUGAUAUAACGACCCCAGACCAGCUGCUGCCCUACCUUGUGAUGGAUAUUCUGGCAGACUAUCCUGGAAUCCCAGGGCUGUUUGUGGCUGCAGCAUAUAGUGGUACCCUGAGCACGGUGUCCUCCAGCAUUAACGCUCUUGUUGCCGUCACUGUGGAAGACUUCAUUUUUCCUCUGUGCAAAAAUCUCACAGCCAAGCAAGUGACCUGGAUGAACAUGGGUCUGAGUGUGUUCUUUGGAGCGUUGUGUAUUGGCAUGGCUGGGGUUGCUUCAGUGAUGGGAAGUGUUCUGCAGGCAGCUCUGUCCAUAUUUGGUAUGAUCAGUGGUCCUCUUCUUGGUCUCUAUCUACUAGGCAUGCUUUUCCGCACAUCAAAUUCAAUAGGAGGACUUUCAGGAAUGAUCAUCGGCCUUGUGUUGACUUUGUGGGUGGGGAUCGGAGGCCAGAUUUACCCACCGACAGAUGACAAGACGAAUCCUCUGCCCCUCAGCACUGCAGGCUGCAACAAAACAUUGGAGCAAAGCACAACAGCGACACCCUGGACCACUGCACAACCUGCUUUCAGGCCUCCUAUAGCAGACUCCUGGUACUCUCUGUCAUACGUCUACUUUUCUUUGCUCGGCAUGCUGACCACAAUGAUAUCUGGCCUGCUGUUAAGCAUGAUCACAGGUGGAUGCAAGCAAGAAAAGCUGAACUCUGAUCUGUUUGUCAAGAAGAGUGAUUUGCUAUGCUUCACCUGUUCCAGUAAAUCAAAGGGAUCAAACGACAUACAAAAAGCUUCAGCAGACCUUCACAUGGGAGUGGACAACUCAGCGUUUACGGACAUCGACGCGACAAGCAAAGAAUUUGAAAAGGCCACAAAGUUGUAACACCGUUGUAAUUACUUUCAUUCUAUAAAUGCAUAAAAUGCACAACCUUUUGUAUAAACAAG